AUGAAGCACCUUUACUCACUGGAACGGUACGGUAGCAUACACAUCCUUGCGAUGAUCAAAAGGCGACGCGGCUCCAAGAAGAGGACGGGCGACGUUUCACCUGCAGCGGACGAAGCGGAAGUCAGACAGAUCCUUGCCUCGCUCAACUCUCGUACCAGCAACAUUACGGAAUCUACCCCGCCUGCUCCCGAGUCGACCCCGGCCUUUGAGAGAUCACCGCAGCCAACGCUACCUCCACCACGGUACGACAUCAGCUUGGGAGACUCAGAAGACUCUGAGGACUCGCCUUCCACAAGCUCUUCAGUUGUGCAACCCCGCCAUCGUCCGCCGCGGAUAUAUAACACCUGGCAGCAACCGCCUUGGACUCCUUCAACAUCGACAAUCCGUGUAAUCAAUGCCAGCCCCGCCAGCGCGUCGGUCAAACAUCCGUUGCGUUUUAGUUCCGGGGUUCUUAGCGCGCUGGGCGCCCUCGUCUACCAUCUCUUCGCCUUUGUCUAUGCGAUCAUUUGCUACCCAUUCACUCUCACAUACAGAAUUAUUGCCAAGAUCGACGAAUUCCUUUUAAGGCUCGCAUGGUCGAUGGGAAUGAUGCUUCGACGCCUCUUCGUGAAGGGGGAGACGCGAAGAGGUGGACCUCGGGAUGUUUACUAUGAUCCCAGACAGCUUAGGAGGGUAUCACAAAGGUCAGGGAAAAAGUAUGGCUACUACGAUCCAAGCGGAGAGGUGACCGAUUCGCCGACCUUUUCUGACAUGACCGACUCGAUGGAUGUCGACUCUCCGCUCGGUUCGCCCAUAUCACCGGUGUGGGCUCGACAGGAAGUCAACUUGGCCUCUUUCCUCGACGCUACUCCUCCGAAGCCCGUCAAAUUGGAGAUUGAGUACGAGAUCGAGGCAGAAUCGACGUCGGAUGCCCUCUUCCACCGAAUCGAGUAUGGUCUCAGCCCAAAUCCGCGGUAUGUCGCGCAGAUGAAGGCGAAAGCCAGGUUGGUGGAAGAUGGAGAGGGUAGCCAACGAUGGAAGGGGAGCCCGAAGCCGAAGAGGGACCCCGGUGUAGAGAUCUACAGCACGUCUUGGGAGGGCCCCCCAGUCCUCCUUCCCAGCGUGAUGAGGGUCAUCAAACCGCACUUCCUGACCAGCCUCUCCAUCACCGAGUGCAACGUUGCCUUAACCGAAGUCCUGGGCAUCUUGGAAGAUUGUGAUAUCCUGGCCUCGUUGGAGAUUCGAAAUGUCGUCGAGACGAUGCGGGACCCUCGGAGAGCGGCGAUUUGCGAUACCGAACCUAAAGUCGAUCCAGAUGCACAAAUGCAGGGAGCGCCAAGUUCUCCCCCUUCUUCGAAGGUUUCGUAUCCGAGGCUCAAGUCGCUGUCGCUUGGGUCGUCUGUCUCCCUCGACCCGCUGUUCACAACCACUCGGUUCACGGGGAUUUCCAGUGUUUCGCUUUCGCUGUAUGAUCAAGGGAACACGACUGACUUGCAUGCAAUGCGGAUUGCGAUGGGGUCGCAGUGGAAGAUGUUGAGGCUUCGCGGCAAUGUCGAGGACGAUGUGCUGGAGGAUAUCAUGAAACGACGUACCACUUUGAAGGUGGAUUUCAGCCGCGUUUGGUAG